UUGGUUUGUUAAAUUUCUACGGAUCAAUUUCGCCAAAUGCCUUGAUUUCACUAGAGUUCGCUGUCACAUUGUUUGAAAUUUAUGGCACUGAAGAUAUAACAAAAACAAGAUGUUUUCGACGAAAACUUUUGUAUAUAAAGGCAAAAAUGUUCUCAAAAUUUAGUACCUACAGAAAUGAACUACUUGGUAUUCAUCUUGUCUUUCGUGGCGUUCCAGGUGAUUGGCAGCUCAGCUGCGAGUAACGCGGUGAAAUUAAAAAAAACAAUCGACUGCAUCAACGAAAAAAUGGCCAAUCUUACCGCCCCUGAACAAGUGGCGUUUGCAGUGUUUAUGAAGAGUGUACAUAGUCUACUGAAGCCACUGCAUCUGCAAGACGAUCUUAUGCACUGCUUAGAGGACUUGGGCGACCCACCGGUGGCCCUUGAGGCUGUACAUACAGCGGAGUGUAUUGGGAAUAUCAUAGUGGAUCUGGCGACGCCGACUCAGGAUUUGCUAUACGGAAGCAUGAAUGGACUCAUGAAACUGUACAUGAAAAAUGUUCCUAGCUUGAAACACUGUUCCUAGCCCUUAAUUAUAGUAUAAAACGUUGC